AUGAGUCGCUUGAACGUGGACACUACAGUAGGAGGAAACCACCAGAGAUAUUCGUUUAUGGAAACACCACUCGAAAUGCACCCAUCAUCCUACCAACGGGACUUAGCCUCGCCUCCGCCGGACCAGAGUGCGCCCCCGCAGCAUUCCGCAGUGGAAGAAACUCCGAAAGAGCACCAGCGAACGUGGUCAUAUGCGCCGAGUGAGAAAGAGCAAUUUCAGCAUCAGGGAAUAAUCCCGGAUUAUGCAAACUGUCCGCCCAUCGAGCAGCACCCGGCCAAUUAUGCGCCUUUGGUGCAUAAUCAGCAGCAGCAGCAGCAGCAGCAGCAGCAGCAACAACAUAACACUUCAAUGUCUCCUCAGUCAUACGCAGUUGCGCCCGAGCACCAGCAGCACGCCGCUCAACCUUAUACCCAAUCAUAUACCAGCCAGUCGUAUACAAACAUAGCCGAACAGCAAAGUCACACCAUGUCUCCUCAUACAUAUGCAACCCAGUCGUAUGCAAACAUACCAGAGCAACAGCAGCACGAAUGGCACCAACAGAUCGGCAUGACCAUAUCUCCUCAGUAUGCGAACGUACCUGAACAACAACAGUACAGCACCCCGAUGUCUCCCCACUCAUAUGCGAGCCAUCCAUAUGCGACGCAGCCAUACACCCACCAGGAACAACAGCACAGUAUCGAAAUACCCACCCAGCAAUAUGCCUCGUACACCGAACCUCCCAGCUCACCACCCCCGAACUCACCAGGGCCACUGCCCCUGAAAGUAAACCCCGAAGCUCCACCACGGAGCGAAACCAUGCCCAUUGCUCCGGAUGAAAAUCCCCUCCAGUCACCCAAGUCACUGUAUUUCCCUCCACCCACCAGAGCGACCACAUCGCACGCUGUCCAACCAGAUGACCUGAGCGCAUACCACCAACCUGGCCAAACCACGCAUCCAAACCAGGAGAUCAAGGGAGGAGGAUGGAGCAACGGACUGUGUGAAUUUUCGAAUUUCGGAAUCUGUUGCCUGGGACUGCUAUGUCCGUGUAUUUUGUAUGGGAGGACACAACGCCGACUCUCGAUGAAAUCGAAGAAGGAGGACCCGACCAAUAUGCUUGGAUAUGAGACCUGCAACGGGUCAUGCACGGGGAUGGGAUUGCUAUGCGGAUGUCAAUGGUUACUGGCCACAGUCCAACACACACGAACGAGAAGGGCAUAUGGCAUCCAGGGUAGUAUCCCAUCGGACUGCGUGCGGGCGACCUGCUGUACAUGCUGCACGUUGAUUCAGGACGAGAAGGAGAUCCUGAAGCGUGAGGAAUACCGAUCUCGUGCGGCUAGGGAACGGAGUGCGACUCUGCUCUCCCCGUAUACUACUCCCGGGCCGAUGUCGUACGGCCCGCCACCGAGGUAA